GUUGACUCCAGGCUGAUCAUGUGACAACCCAAGAUGGCGACUCCCAGGGAGGUGGACGAAGAGUUGGCGGUUUACCUGGUGGUGAGUGGGAUCCCUCCUGUGUUACGCUCGGCCCAGCUACGGAGCUACUUCAGCCAGUUUCGGGAACAGCGCGGCGGAGGGUUUCUCUGUUUCCACUACCGGCAUCGGCCCGAGAGGGGCCCUCCGCAGGCGAUUCCGGACGCGGCCCGAGCUGCCCCCCAGCCUGCUGCGGAGGAUCCGGGGCUCGCCCAGGCUACAGCCACCGAUGCCCGCGCUGUCCCCGCCCCGGACUCGGCUCCGGUCCAGACCCGCACCUGCUGCUGCAUCGUCUCGGUGAGGGGAGUGGCGCAAGCUCAGCGGCUGCUCCGCAUGUACUCGGGCCGCCGGUGGCUGGACUCUCAGGGGAUCUGGCUCCCGGGCCGUUGUCACAUCCGCAGGCUAAGGCUACCCACUGAGGCUUCAGAUUUGGGGUCCUUUCCCUUUAAGACCCGGAAGGAGCUGCAGAGCCGGAGGGGUGAGAAUGCAGUUUUUACCCUGGCCGACCUGAGGCAGCUCCCCGAGCUGAACCCCCCAGCACUGAUGCCCAAUGGCAACGUGGGCACCCCCCUGCGCGUCUUCUUGGAGUUGAUCCGGGCCUGCCGGCUACCCCCUCGAAUCAUCACCCAGCUGCAGCUUCAGUUCCCCAAGACGGGCUCCUCCCGGCGCUACGGCAAUGUGCCUUUCCAGUACGAGGACUCUGAGACUGUGGAGCAGGAAGAACAUGUGUACACAGCCGACGGGGAGGAAAUCCCCGAGGGAACCUGCUCAGAAGAUCCAGCAGCCAGCCCCUUGGAUGAACCUGAGGAUGAGGGGCCUCAAGAGGAAGAAGAAGAGUGUCACUCAGAAGAUGACGAUGACCGGGGCGAGGAGUGGGAGCGUCACGAAGCGCUGCACGAGGACGUGACCAGGCAGGAGCGGACUAGCGAGCGGCUCUUUGAGGAGGAGAUUGAGCUCCAGUGGGAGAAGGGUGGCUCUGGCCUGGUGUUCUACACCGACGCUCAGUUCUGGCAGGAGGAGGAAGGAGAUUUUGAUGAGCAGACAGCUGAUGACUGGGACGUGGACAUGAGUGUCUACUAUGACAAAGAUGGUGGGGACAAGGAUGCCCGUGACUCUGUCCAAAUGCGCCUGGAGAGGAGGCUGCGUGAUGGCCAGGAAGAUGGCUCUGUGAUAGGAUGCCAAGUGGGCACCUUUGAGCGCCACACCAAGGGCAUUGGCCGGAAGGUGAUGGAGCGCCAGGGCUGGGCUGAAGGCCAGGGCCUGGGCAGUAGGUGCUCCGGGGUGCCUGAGGCCCUGGAUGGUGAUGGCCAGCACCCUAGAUGCAAGCGUGGACUGGGGUACCAUGGAGAGAAACUUCAGCCAUUUGGACAACAGAAGAGACCCCGUGGAACUAGCUUGGGGCUCAUUUCCACAGUCUACGAUGCGCCUCUGCCCCAAGACCAGAGGGAGUCCCUGCUCCGGCGCCAGCCACCCACCGGCAUGAAGUUUCGGACAGAUAAGACUUUUGUGAGGAGUUCCAGCUGGGCCUUAGACAGCCCCUCGGAGCCUGAGUGA